UCCCUGCUCUCUUCAUUCUCCAUCUCUCUUCUCACCUCCAAACAUCACAUAUGUACAUCAGAUCGACCGAGCUAAUCUAAGCUAGGAAGAAAAGAAACGAAAGAGGAGCUAACUAGAUGGCAAAGGUACACCCCAACGUGGUCGUUCGAGAGUCGCCGGCUGGAGCCGUCGUCGAGGAGGAGCAGCAGCAGCCCACGGUGCUGACGGUGUGGCGCAAGUCGCUGCUCUUCAACUGCGACGGCUUCACCGUCUUCGACUCCACCGGCGGCCUCGCCUUCCGGGUCGACCGCUACGGUUCCUCCUCCAGAAGCCGCCGCCGUGCUGAGGAUGUUGUUCUUAUGGACGCCGCCGGGAAGCCUCUCCUCACCGUACGUCGCAAGAUCAAGCUGAGCCUGAGCCUUGCGGAGCAUUGGGUGCUAUACGAGGGCGACGCAGGCGCCGCGGGCACGAAGCCGCUUCUCUCCGUCCGCCGCCACCACGUCGGCCUCCACCGCCGAGCGUCCGACAAGACGCUCGCGCACAUCACGCCUCUGGGAUCCUCCUCAUCGUCGUAUGCCGAGGCGGUGGCGUACGUGGUGGAUGGAUCGUACGGCCGGCGGAGCUGCGCGGUUCGGGACGCUCGCGGGGGCGCCUCGGCGGCGGAGGUGCAGCGGAAGGAGUCUGUGGGGGACGACGUGUUCCGGCUGGUGGUGGCGGACCACCGUAUGGGCGCAGCGCUGUCCAUGGGCGUCGUCAUCGCCCUGGACCAGAUGUUCGGUGGCGCCUCGCCGCGGACGUCGCUGCUGCCCAGAAGCUGGACGGCGUAGGACAGCAGGAGUAGUAGCUGACUAGUUGGUGAUUAAAAUCAUGGAUCUUCGCAAGGGGAAAGCUACUGGCCCCACAUGUCGGUGUGAGCACAGUUUUAGGUGCCCAGCCCUCAAAACAGAUGAUUAAAAUCUGGACAUUUUAUUUAGACGGAGAAAAUUAAGGACGGCGCACUCUACAAGGUUAGGAAAGCUAUGCAAAGUAUGUUCAUACUUCAUAGCCGAUGCUAAGAAAAGUGUGUACAUAGAUGUGUAAUGCCAAUGAUACUAAUUAAACCAACUUCUUUUUAGCGAAACAUCUUCAACGAGUUCUUUGUUAUCAUAGGAUUGCAAAGGGUACAGAAGCACACAAAAGAAAUUACAAG